UAAAAGCCCAGCCGCCCAGCGUCGAAUUAGUUAGAACGCUUUCGACAGUGUAAACAAUCAAUCCACCAAAAUGAAAUUCUUCAUUGUCUUCUUCGCCCUGAUCGCUGUGGUCUUAGCCGGUGGUUAUGGUCAGGAAGGACAUGGCCACGGAGGACAUAGCCAGCAAGGACAUGGUCAGGGAGGACAUGGAGGAUUUGGACAAAAUGGUCACGGUCAGCAAGGAUUCGGACACGGCCAGCAAGGAUUCGGACACGGCCAGGGCCAGCAAGGAUUCGGACACGGCCAGCAAGGAUUCGGACACGACGGACACGGCCAGCAAGGAUUCGGACACGACGGACACGGCCAGCAAGGAUUCGGUGGUGGACACGGAGGCAGCCAUGGUCAGCAGGGUGGACAUGGUCAGCAACAUGGACGUUACUAAAAGAAUCGGACAAAUAAAAUAUACUGAAAACUAAAAUUUUAAA